AGCAACACGGGGCUGAUCACUGGCCGUGGCCGCUGCUUCCACGCACACACACGCCGCACACGUCCCGCACAUCAGCUGCUCUGCUCCGACGCUCCUCGCCGGAUUCACAGCCGAACAAAAGGAGGGAAGAGGACACGACCGGCCGCCGCAUCCCGGGGAAGGUAGGUCAGUGAUGGUCAGUGCUGGUUAGAGCCUGCAGCUGAGGAUGUCUGCCACAGAUUCGGACAACUCCAUCGACUGGCUGGCCAGCGACACCGAGGAAAACGAGAGCGAGCCGGAGGCGGACUGCGUCGCCAAGAGGGAGGCCCCCCCGUCCGGGGGCGGCGUCGGCGAGCCGAGGGCGGGGGGCUGGAGCGAGGCCUCCGGCGGCAGGGGAUCCCCCGGACCGUGUAAGUCGCAGCGCGGAGAAAAGGCGAGCGGCAAGAGGCCCCACAGCUCCGCGGGAGAGCAGUGCAAGGAGCGGCAGCUGACAUCCAACACCUCGGCGAAAGAUCAAGUUUUUAUCAACAAGUGCGUGGAGCUGCAAUGCUACAUCCACCCGCUGUCGUCAAUCUUGAAUGGCCUUCGUUCGGGGAGAUACAAAGAAAGGCUCAGCAGUUUCCAGGAGAGUGUGGCUAUGGACAGGAUUCAAAGGAUCAUGGGUGUUCUGCAGAACCCCUUCAUGGGGGAGAAAUAUGUUGAUAUCAUUCUGAAAAUGGAGGCGAUGUUAAAGAGCUGGUUCCCUCACGUGAAACUUCCAGAACGACUCGCCACCACCCAGACAGAGGGAUUUGUGCCCAGCAAAAGACUUAAGCCAUCUCCGACGACGACGACGUCUGCGGCUGGGAGCUCCGUGUCUCGCGCCGAUCCUCCAGCCGGCACCAAAGCCCUGAGGGUCUCGGACCUCACUCCCCCCGAAGCCUACUCCGCCAACAACCUGAAGUGGCUCCACACGUCGCCUAUCUGCUCCCCCACAGCCGAGGAGGCCCAGGCCGGUCCCAGGCACCCGCUGUUGCCCAGAGACAAGGACCUCACGCAGGACAGUGCCGUCUCCUCCAGCACAGACGGCCGCGAUAAGACAGACUCCGGGCCCAGGGGCCCGCCGCCGGGCAAAAUCAACGCACCCUGCCUGGAACGGCUCCUUAAAUCCACAGACAGCAUCAUCACACGCAAGGAGACGGGGGCUUUGACGGGCAGCGGCUGGUCCUAGUCCACACAUGGGGGGUCGGGGUCGGGGCGUCCAGCUAUGACCGCCAUUCGCCCCGGCCUCGCCUUGGCCCACCCUGCUCAGAGCCAAUCAGCUCGCUUCGCUCAUUCCAGCCUCCAGGAUAGACGGGAACGUUCAAAUAAGAAAAGGGGACGUCACGGAGUCGUCUUCGGCGCGGAGCGGUGCGACGGCGGACGCGGCGUCGUCUCUUUGACGUGACGGGUGUCCACCUUCGUUUGCCCUUUUGUUGACUCAACCUCGUUUCUCUGUUUUGCGUUCUUGAGUUGGCGCGUGUGAGCGUCAAAAGGGUGAGGCGGCGCGUGCGCAGACAGCCAGAGCAAAUGUCAGAACUGGACUCUUCCCACCCGGCUCACAGGUUUAAACAACGCAGGUUUCCCUGGAAGAGAAGUGUUAGGUGGUAGGAAGGAUUAUUCCAGAUAUCCAUACAUGGUCUACAUAUUGUUGUGCUGAAAAUGUGGCUGAAAAUGUGACGUUAACGCCCCCCCCCCCCCCCCCCCCCCCCUUCCCCGCCUCCCAAUGACUCCACUCUUAGGUUUAUUGAUGUGACUGUUACUCAUUUCUACUCUUCAUUGAUGAAUCCUUUUUGGUACAACUGUUCUACCUCAUCGAGCACCACGUCAUGGUUAGUGAGUUGGAAUGUGACCACUUUGCUCAGAGUCUGGACCCCCCGGCCAGGUCUGCGUUGAGCCAAACGAGGCCGUGCCGUACAAACAGAGGAUGCUCUCUCUCUCUCUCUCCCUCUCUCUCUCUCUCUAUGGGGGAUGCUCUUGUGGCCUGACUGGUGCCAUUGUAAAGAAUGUCAACUGCAGAUUUGUUUUUCUGAGGCUCCCAGAGGAAGGCAAACAGUGCCUGUAAAGUCAAGCUGUGCCUGUAAGCCGGUUUGAUGAAGAAAAAAAAGAAAAAAAAAAGAGAAGCAUUUAGAGUACCCUCACCUCUGUGGGAUCAACGGAAUCAGGAAAUGUCACUCUCCCGCCAUCUUUCCUGUAUGAGUAAAUUAUUGCCAACUACUAGCUGUGGUGGAGUAGAACAACUACUAUCAUUUUAUUUUGCCACAGAGCUAGACGCCGUGUUAGACCGCCUGAGAGGGACAAGGGAUUUGUCUGUGUAAAUCUUACUGCGAAGGUUGUCGAUUUACCCUGAAAAGUGGCCUUUAUAGUGUGAAAUUUUAUACUUUCUAAAUAAACGUGGUUAUAUUUGUUUGAUGCAAA